AUGUUUCCACAUAUCCAUGCUUCCAUUCUAGCCCCACCCGGUGCCGCUUCCCCGUAUCUGGUGGUCGAAUACGCCAUAUCCUCCUACAUACCUACAUUAUCAGCUCUACUUGAGCCACCCAACUCUGCUCUGAAUCAACCCUUCAAAUUACUCUCGGUAAUACAACCAUCGGCUCCUGGUGCAUCGUCUAUUCCUAACACCAAGCAAGAAUUGGAGAAUAUUCAACGCCGUCUUGGAAGUCGAGAACAUGCCAUCCUCGAAGGUUCACAAGGUACAAAGAGUCGGGUGAUCAAGGCGAUAAGAGAUUGUAAUUGGCUUCAUCUUGCAUGUCAUGGAGUACAGAGACUAGAUGAACCAACGAAGAGUGCACUGAUCCUCGAAGAUGGACACCUCACCCUCGAGGAGAUCAUCAAACUCGACCUUCCGAAAGCAGAGUUUGCAUUUCUAUCUGCUUGUCAGACGACAACUGGAGACGAAAAGCUUUCAGAAGAAGCCGUGCAUAUCGCGGGUGGAAUGUUGUUGGCGGGAUAUCGUGGGGUAGUCGCGACAAUGUGGUCUAUUCAGGAUGAAAUUGCUCCAGAAGUAGCAGAUGAAUUCUAUGGUCAUAUCGUCAAAGAUGGAAAACGUCCGGAUAGUAGGAAGGCAGCGGAGGCGUUGCACGUUUCGGUGGAAAGGCUUCGUCAGAAGAACGUUCCUCUUUUAUCAUGGAUUCCCUUUGUCCAUCUUGUCAUCUUGGAACUGCACAUGGUCCCAUCACUUGAUGGAGGAGGUUCCUCCGCCGAGCCAAUUAUCGUCGUCUUUGCAGUGCAUCUGGCCUCUUUGACCGCGACACUCACUGCCAUCGCCAUCGACGUCUAA